CCCCCCCCCUUUCCAUAAGAGCCCCAAACUGCCUUCUGCUGGCCCCAGUUCCUCCCACACAUCUCACACAGGACCUGUUAUUUACUUUCUUCCAGAAAUCACGCAUUUCAUUCUCACUGGAAAACUUGGGUACGCGAGACGAUGAGAGUCUUUUUGACUUUGGUGUUUAUGACGGCGCUGUCUGCAAGAAUCCACUUGGCAGAUUCCAAGGUCUUAAGAAUCACCACUAUAAAGGAUGAACCUUACACCAUGAGCAAGGGCUCUCAGUUCGAGGGUUACUGCAUUGACCUAAUCUCAGAGCUUUCCAAGAAACUAGGUUUUCACUACGAAAUCCAUCUGGUGAAGGACAACCGAUAUGGAGCAAUGGAUUCCAGUGGGAAAUGGAAUGGUAUGAUUGGGGAGAUAAUCAAAGGGGAUGCUGACCUGGCUGUGGCCCCACUGACCGUCACUGCUGUCAGAGAACGCUUUGUGGACAUGACCACCCCCUUCAUUCAAACUGGUCUCAGCUUCAUCAUGCAUAAAAGCGCUGAUUCUGAAGACAGUUCCUUCAGCCUGCUGUCUCCGUUCUCCAUGGAGAUGUGGGUUGGUGUCCUCAUCGCUUUCCUGCUGACAGGACUCUGUGUGUUCUUGGUAGGCAGAAUCAGUCCCACGGAAUGGGCCGACCCAGAAACUGAUGAGCACAACUUUACUCUGCUGCACAGUUUCUGGUACAUCACAGGAGCACUGACACUGCAAGGUGCGGGCCCUCACCCUAAAGCUCUGUCUGGACGUUUGGUCAGCGCCAUCUGGUGGAUAUUUGCUGUGCUGCUGCUGGCCUGCUACUUUGCCAACUUCAAUACCUUGCUGCACUCCAAGAGCAAAAGCAUCUCCAUCACAAGCUUUGAGGACCUGGCCAAUCAGGACGUGAUCAAUUAUGGAACAGUUGAAAAUGGAUCCACUAUGCUCUUUUUCAAGAAUUCAAACAAUCCUGUGUACCGUCGUAUUCAUCAGCACAUGGAGCGUAAAAAAAGCUAUGUGGCUUCCACUGCGGAGGGGAUUCGCCUCGCUCAGGAGGGUAACUUUGCCUUUAUUGGUGAAGCAGUGUCCCUGGACCUGGCUGUGGCCCGUUACUGUGGAUUGACCCGUGCCCAGGAGGUCGUCUCUAUGAGGUCAUACAGCAUCGCUGCUCCUCUGGGUUCUCCACUGGUAAAGAACCUGACCAUUGCCAUUCUCCAGCUUAGUGAGUCAGGUGAGUUAACACACCUGAGGGAGAAGUGGUGGGCCAGCAGCUGUGUUGGUUUUGGUGAAGCUCAAAUGUCUGAGGCACUAAAUCCCCACAACCUGCGAGGCCUUUUCCUGCUCCUGGGACUAGGACUGGGCAUCGGGCUGCUGCUGGCCCUUCUUGAGCUUUUAUCCAGGGCCCGCAACCAAGCUAAAGAUGGCAAGAAAUCCUGUUGCUCAGUGCUGACAUCAGAGCUGAACCGCCGCUUUGGCAGUGGAGCGGCGGAGGCGGAGCAAGAGAGCUCAGACAAAAACAAAGCGUGAAGCAAAUACUCACAUUAGCAUCUGAAAUGAAGGUGUUACAGACAGAGAGAAGCUAACUCCCCUUUGGCUUUCUGUCCCUUUGUACUCACACACAUGUAUUUCUUAUUCAAUGCUUUUGUAUUUUUAUAGAAAACCCUGCAAUGAGACAAAGUGAACAAGAUUAUUACUUUGAAUACUAACCACUCUUGCUAGUUUUAGGAUAUAAUUAACACAAGUCCCCGACAUAACAAAGUUUAAUGUACCAUAUUUAAGCUGUUGCUUUAUGUUUCGAUGGACUGUUUAAAUAAACUUCCACGCUUCCACACA